CGGGUGGAGACUAACGCACGUAAUGGUGUUUCCCUCGAAUAUAUAAACAGGUUUCAUUUUCCUCGAACUGCGUUUUAGAGAUCAAACUCUAAUCCGUUGAGCAGAUAGAACUUCUCUUCUUCAACAAUGAUGGGUGAUAAAUCGCAGAUCCCAACUCGGCAGGAGUUAUUGAGCAUGGUUAGGAAGCACUCGAAGUUGAUUGGGAAAACUGUGUUGGAUGGUGAUGAGGAUGUAACGUUGGAUGAUGUAGAAAUGGAUUCUGGCUUCUGGCGUGAUAUCAUUGACUUGUAUUUUUUCAACAGCAAGGAGUCAAGGGGACGUGAGGAUGAUGAUCUAAUAUUCUUUGUUAGAAAAGUGAGCGUGCAGUCACAGAGACCCAGUGAAGAUACGGAGGACAACUCUCCAUACUUUGUACGCAGGUGGGCACCUAAGUUGGAUGACUUAAUUGGUGAAAAUUCAGUAAUCAUUGACUGGAGGCGCUCUUUUUAUUUGAAUUUGAUUGCUCAUACCUCAUUCAGUGUGACUGUAGCAAUUUGCAGUCAUCAGGCCCUUCAACAAUAUCAUGCGAGUCAAGAUAGAACCUUGCCCACUAUCUAUAAGGUAUUGAAAACUGUAUAUGCAUCUCCAAGUCGUGUUAAUUUUCAUUUGGACGCAAGAAAGGAAGUAGAAACAACACCUGCCUAUCCAGAUAUUUGUUUUGCUGUUGAUGACUUUGAUUCCACUUUUGAUGCAGUGGUCUUGACUGAUACAGACCACUGCUAUUGUGUUGUUCUAAAUGCUCACUCUGGGGCAGCAUUUCCUAUUGAAAGAAAAUCAGAGCAAACUAGUUCUGAUGUUCCUUCUUCAGAGAAUGUUACAAGUGCUGGCAAGUUUAAGAACUCUAAGAUUACGCUUUUUUCAGGAUUUGUCAGCUAUCAAAUGGUUCGAGAAGCAUAUGAUGCUGGCAGAACUGGUUUUGGGAGCCUUCUCUCUCUUGGUCAUUCUUCUGGGAAAACUGACAGAAUUUACAUGAAAGGUCCUGGAGGACGCGGUGAAGUUGAAGUAGCUGUUUCCGGCGUUUUAGAUCAAAGCAAGAUGGAAUUAGGUCCCCAUUCACCGAUUCAAAUAUCAAAAAAAGGAAUUGGUAUCGGGAAUAUCGUGCGUACAGCAGCAUCUGUUGCAUCAUUAGCUGCAAAGCACGCUUAUGCUGCUGCUAAUGCCUCUUCAACUCGACCUUCAGAGGAUGAGAUGCUGCCCCUCAAGUGCUGUUUAAUGUCCAUUUCACUACCCUGGGAAAACAUUGCCCAUGAUCUUUUAUUUAAGGGAAGUCCACCCGUGAGCUUAUAGCUAUAAUGUCUCCUAAUAUGAGCAUCAGAAAUUCGGAAAUAGAAUUCACAUGGAGACGAGUUUUGGGCUCUGAGUUGUAAAUUACUUUAAUUUUCUCAAUUAUGUUGUAAUCCAUGUACAGGGGCCUUUGCUGUGUUCAAGAAGAAUUCUUUGUCCGGAAUAUGUUAUGAUUAUCAAAUUAUGCAGCUUCAGGGGCUGUGCAAUCUAUGCAAGAGUACGAUAUUAAUAUUGAUUUUUAGUGGUUAGCAAAAUGAGAGAGUUGCGUGUUUUAAUGGUCCAUCUCCAUGUGUUAUACUUUGGUCGAGUUGCGAUUCAACUGUUAGUAUCUUUUAAACGUUAAUAAUAAUUGAAGUUGGG